AUGAGCAUGCUACCGCCACCCAGACCCCCUUAUCCCGGCCGACGAAACGGACAGACGGGCACGCGGCCGACGACGGCCAUCCCUCAGAACCCUUCCGAAACCAGCUCCUUUUACGAGGGCCCUCCACCUCCCAGCAUACCCAGGACGUUGUCCCCUGCAAAACCGCCACGGGUAGCGUAUCGGGGUUACAGCGAGGACGAGGUCGUGGGCAUCCUGAGGUCGCUGGAAGACGGAAGGAGGACUAUUCGCGGCGGGACCGAUGUCUCCAGGACAUCCGAAGACGAGCCUCUGUCGCCUCGAAAAUCGGACGUCUCAGAGUCCACGCUCCCUCUGGAUAUAGACGAUGUAGAACUGACGCCGGAAAAGGAGAUGGAGCCGACACGGUCCCGCUCCUGCAGGUUUGGCUCGGCCUGCCAGUGGAUCUUUGCGGCAAUCCUCGGUGCCAACGUGCUGGUGCUGGUGGUGGCGUUGGCGUUGACCUUCACCGGCUCCUAUCGGCUGACGUACGAGGCCGCCAUGACUGGCUUCUCCAUCAACAUAUUGUUUCUCCACAUUGUCCGCAAUGACCACGUCGUCAACGCCCCAUUCCACAUCUUUGGUGACCGGCCACAGAGGAUACCAUUCCGCGUUCGUUAUAUGUUUGCCAAGUAUUAUUCUGCGGGAGGCGUUCACAGCAGCUGUGGAGUUGCUGCGGCUCUGUGGUACACUUCGUACCUCGCGAUCCUGACCGUCGAGUACAGGAAGCGAGACAUGUUUCUGGGCCUCACUCCGGCGCGAAGCCACGUCUACUUUGUCACCUACACGCUGUUCAUCAUCUUGUUCACCAUCCUCAUCUUCUCGACCCCCAGACUCCGCCGGGCCACCCAGGACUGGUCCCAGCUCAUCCACCGCUUCCUCGGCUGGACGAUAAUCCUGCUCAUCUGGAUCCAGACGCUGCUGGUGGCGCAUGACGACAGGAGGACCGACCAGUCGUACGGCGGCGCGCUGGCGGCCAACCCUUCCUUCUGGCUCCUCCUAGUCACCACCUUGCUCGUCGCAUACCCCUGGGCCAAUAUGAGAAAGCGCCAGGUGCACGUCGAGUACCUAUCCGACAACUGCGUCAAGUUUAACUUUGACUACCAGGACCUCGAGUUCGGGCAGCACAUCUGCAUGUCGGACGCGCCGCUCAAGAAGACUUAUACGUUUGCCGUGCUGCCGAACCCGAAAAGGCCGGCGGACCCACCCCCGAUCGAGAUCAUGCCGACGAUGCUGAGCCGGUCCAACACGACGGCCGGCAACGCCAACAACUACUCGGCAUACGCGGCGGCGCGGCUACCGACGCCCGUGAGCAGCAGCAGCAUCUUCGAGAGCGGCGGCGGCGGCGGCGGCGGCAAGGCCGACGGGCCACCGACGGAGCCGACGGUGGAGGCGCUGCAGGCGGCGGCGCGGGACCGGUCGGUGCUGCGGCGGUACCACCAGCACCAGCUGCAGCAGCUGUCGCCGCCGCGGCUGUCGCACGCGGGCGAGCCGGGGUUCGCGGUGGUGACGGCGUCGGCGGCGGGCGAGUGGUCGCGGCGCAUGGUGGCGGCGGCGCCGACGCAGCUGUACACGGUCGGGGUGCCGCGGUUCGGGGUGUCGCGCGUGGCGGCCAUGUUCGAGCCGCUGAUCGUCGUGGCCACGGGCUGCGGCAUCAUCCAGUGCCUGGCCCUCUUCGCCGAGCGGCCCGACCACCUGACCCGCGUCAUCUGGGCGGCCAGUGGCCCGCUCGAGACGUUCGGCGAGGGCGUCGUCGAGACCGUGCUGCGCGUCGACCCCGACGCCGUCAUCUGGGACACGCGGAGGCUGGGCAGGCCCGACCUGGUCGGCUUGGCCUGGAAGGCCUGGAUCGACAGCGCAAAGGAGGACGUCGCCGGCCCCGGCAUGAGGCUCGUGCCCGUCAGGAAGGCCAUGGGCCAGUGCGAGGCCGUGGUCGUCAUCAGCAACCGCCGCGUCACAGAGCAGGUGGUCGAUUCACUGGAGGCCAGAGGUGUAGCUGCUUUUGGUUCAAGUUUCGAGUCCGAGUCGUGA